AUGGCGGCCACGCUUUGGACUGUGUGGAAGUUCUUUCCGUGUAGUUUACACAGCGGAAAAGAAAGAAUUGCCAGGCGCCUGGAAGGGAUUGAAAAUGACACCCAGCCCAUCCUCUUGUAGAGCUGCACAGGGUUGGUGACUCACCGCCUGCUGGAGGAAGACACCCCUCGAUACAUGCGAGCCAGCGACCCUGCCAGCCCCCACAUCGGCCGAUCAAAUGAAGAGGAGGAAACUUCUGAUUCUCCUCUGGAAAAGCAAACUCUGGUCCGGCGCGGAAGGGCUCGCGCUAAAUACUGCACAACCACCUCCAGCAUCUACAGUGACUCACCCUACGGUUCAGGUACCAUGGACACCCACAGUCUGGAGUCCAAAGCCAAAAGAACUGCAAGGUACAAUGCAGAAAGAAGGCGACAGCUGGCAGAGAAAUACGCGCUGACUCUGCAUCCCAAGGCCGACUCUGAGUCCCGCUAUACCAAGUCCAGGAAGGAGCCUGAUGCUGUCGAGAAACGAGGAGGAAAAAGUGACAAACAGGAAGAGUCAAGCAGAGAUGCGAGUUCUCCGUACCCCAGGACCGAGACAAUGGGGCUCAGGACCUGUGCAGGUGAAUCCAAGGACUAUGCCCUCCGUGGGGGUGACGGUGCUUCCGACCCAGAGGUGCUACUGAAUGUGGAAAACCAAAGACGAGGUCAAGAGCUGAGUGCCACCCGGCAGGCCCAUGACCUGUCCCCAGCAGCAGAGAGUUCCUCAACCUUCUCUUUGUCUGAGUGCAGUUCCUCCUUCACUGAAGUGCCACGGUCCCCAAAGCACGUGCACAGCUCCUCCCUGCAGCAGGCGGCCCCCCGGAGCCCCUCCUACGGUGACCUGCAGCUACCCUCUGAGGCCCGACCCAGUACAGGGAAACCCAAACAUGAGUGGUUUCUCCAGAAAGAUUCCGAAGGGGACAUACCUUCACUUAUCACCUGGCCGUCCAGGUACCCGCACGCCGGCCUCUGGGGUUCUAAGCACUCGGCCUUUGAUAGGGUCCCCAGUAAGGCAGCAGGCUCUGCAGGACAGCUAAUCCGUGGCUACGUCCAACCCGCGGAUACCGGUCACACCGCCAAGCUGGUGAUGACAGAAACCUCAGAAACUGUAUCUGAGUGCAGUUGGGUAGAAUCAGCCACCCAGAAUGUCCCCAAACCUCCUACCUUGAAGGUUCUAGAAGAUGACAGAAAGGAUAGCCCAGUUCUUCAUAUCUGCAAGUCAAAAGCAGCAGCAGAAGAAGGAGGAGGAGGAAGAAGAGGAGGAAGAGGAGGAGCAUCAACUUUAGCGGCAGAGUUCGGGGAGUCCACUUCCGAGCAGACGGGGACAGCUGCUGGGAAAACUGUUACUCAAACCGCAGCCCCGGUGUCCUGGAAGCCCCAGGAUUCUUCGGAACAGCCACAGGAGAAGCUCUGCAAGAAUCCAUGUGCGAUGUUUGCUGCUGGAGAGAUCAAAACGCCGACAGGGGAGGGCCUUCUUGACUCACCCAGCAAAGCCGUGUCUAUUAAAGAAAGAUUGGCACUGUUGAAGAAAAGCGGAGAGGAAGAUUGGAGAAACAGACUCAGCAGGAGGCAGGAGGGCGGCAAGGCUCCGGCCAGCAGCCUGCACACCCAGGAAGCAGGGCGGUCCCUCAUCAAGAAGGAAGAAGGAGGAGUUGCGGAUGAUACUGCCAUUUCUAAUCUGCUUUGGGAACCUGUAUAUGCUUCUACUUAUUCUCCUGCUAUUCCUGCUGCCCACAAAUACCUGUCUUUUGUGUCGAUUAAUCAGUUCCUAGAGGAGGAGGAUAUGGUGGAGGUGGUUUGGGGUUUGGCGUCACCCACUGCCAUAACCCCAGUAGCCUCACCCAUUUGCAGUAAAACAAGAGGCACCACACCCGUUUCCAAACCCCUGGAAGAUAUCGAAGCCAGACCAGAUAUGCAGUUGGAAUCGGACCUGAAGUUGGACAGGCUGGAAACCUUUCUGAGAAGGCUGAAUAACAAAGUAAGCGGGAUGCAAGAAAUGGUGCUCACUGUCACCGGCUAAUCUGUGGAGGAGGUGAUGAAGGCGGAUGAUGAUGAAACCUUUGCCAGAUCUUACCACAGCGUGGAUUAUAAUACGCCCACAAGUCCUGUGGAGCUGGACGAGGACUUCAAAGUCAUUUUCAAUCCUUAUGCACCCAAAUUGACGUCUUCCGUGGCCGAGCACAAGCGCGCAGGUAGGCCCAAGCGCCGGGUUCAGGCCUCCAAAAAUCCCUUGAAAAUGCUGGCGGCAAGCGAAGAUCUCCUUCAGGAAUACACCGAGCAGAGAUUAAACGUCGCCUUCAUGGAGUCAAAGCGGAUGAAAGUAGAAAAGAUGUCUUCCAACUCCGGCUUCUCAGAAGUCACCCUGGCGGGUUUAGCCAGUAAAGAAAACUUCAGCAGCGUCAGCCUGCGGAGCGUCAACCUGACGGAACAGAACUCCAACAACAGCGCUGUGCCCUACAAGAGGCUGAUGCUGUUGCAGAUUAAAGGUAUUUCAGAGCAGCCUGGCACGGUGACUCAGGGCCCGUGCCAAGGGCUUUUCUACCCAGGUAAUUGCAUUCCUUUCUUUUCUUAGGCCUCAGAACUUGCAGCUUUAAUUCAGACAAAGAGGAAGCUUGAUUGUAGAGCUACUUAUAUCUAAACCAUCGAAGAAGGAAUUAACAUACACACUCAUGCAGCCAAAGACUUCUGGAAGCUUCUGGGUGGCCAAACCAGUUACCAGUCUGCUGGAGACCCAAAAGAAGAUGAACUCUAUGAAGCAGCCAUAAUGGAAACUAACUGCAUUUACCGUCUCAUGGAUGACAAAUUUGUUCCUGAUAACAACUACUGGGGGGAAAUUCCAAAGUGCUCCCUUCUGCAACCCAAAGAGGUACUGGUGUUCGAUUUUGGUAGUGAAGUUUACGUAUGGCAUGGGAAAGAAGUCACAUUAGCACGACGAAAAAUAGCAUUUCAGCUGGCAAAGCACUUAUGGAAUGGAACCUUUGACUAUGAGAACUGUGACAUCAAUCCCCUGGAUCCUGGAGAAUGCAAUCCGCUUAUCCCCAGAAAAGGACAGGGGCGGCCCGACUGGGCGCUAUUUGGGAGACUUACUGAACACAAUGAGACGAUUUUGUUCAAAGAGAAGUUUCUGGAUUGGACGGAACUGAAGAGAGCGAAUGAGAAGAACUCCGGGGAACUUGCCCAGCACAAGGAAGACCCCAGGGCUGUUGUCAAACCGUACGAUAUGACACAGAUGGUGUCCAUGCCCCAGACGACAGCAGGCACCAUCCUGGACUGGGUGAACGUUGGCCGUGGCUGUGGCCUGGUGGAAGGACAUGACAGGAGGCAGUUUGAGAUCACUAGCGUCUCCGUGGAUGUCUGGCACAUCCUAGAAUUCGACUAUAGCAGGCUCCCCAAACAGAGCAUCGGGCAGUUCCACGAGGGGGAUGCCUAUGUGGUCAAGUGGAAGUUCAUGGUGAGCACAGCAGAUCCUGGAAGUUUUAACUUCGUACCCCGCCUGUUCAUCCUCAGCAGCUCCUCUGGGGACUUCGCGGCCACGGAGUUUGUGUACCCUGCCCGAGCCCCGUCUGUGGUCAGUUCCAUGCCCUUCCUGCAGGAAAAUCUGUACAGCGUGCCCCAGUCGGUUCUGACAAAGAAGAAAAGAUUUCAAGGGAAAUCAGUGAAAGACAGGGUCUCCCUCUCCCUUGGGUCUACUGACAUUUUGUUCUGUGUAACUACAGGGAAAAAUCUCAAGAAACCACCCCCCAAGUCUUACCUUAUCCAUGCUGGCCUGGAGCCCCUGACAUUCACGAAUAUGUUUCCCAGCUGGGAGCACAGAGAGGACAUUGCUGAGAUCACAGAGAUGGACACAGAAGUUUCCAAUCAGAUCACCCUCGUGGAAGACGUCUUAGCCAAGCUCUGUAAAACCAUUUACCCGCUGGCCGACCUCCUGGCCAGGCCACUGCCGGAGGGGGUCGAUCCUCUGAAGCUUGAGAUCUAUCUCACCGAUGAAGACUUCGAGUUUGCACUAGACAUGACAAGGAAAGAAUACAAUGCCCUGCCCUCCUGGAAGCAGGUGAACCUGAAGAAAACAGCAGGCCUGUUCUGAGUGGGGAGAUGUCAGAGGAACCUCGGAGUCACGUCCAGUACCAGGGAAAUGGAUAUAUAUUUUUGGACUGGUGUUUUCCACAAAGUAUCUUUCAAUCAGAGUUUUCAGAACCUGACAUUGUUAAAGAUACCACUUGUCUGGGAGUUGUGUUUUGUAAACGUUCAAGGGAACUAUUUGGGAACUUCUUUCCACCAUUCAGCAGAUUAUCAGAAUUAAUAAAAGUAUGUUACGUGCACUUAAGCCGCAGCUGCUGUAGAUAGCACUGCCUUCUUGUUCCAACUAAGCAAUGCUUUUUUCUUUUUUCUUUUUUUUUGGAAGCAGUUCUCUUUAUAAAGUGUUAUUUUGAUAGUUUGUGGAUUCUAAAAUAUAUGUAUAUUUAUAGAAACACCAUAAAAGUCAAACAAAGCAAUAUGUAUUCGUUCACUUUCAAGAUUUUUUUUAAUGUCAAAAUAAUAUGAAAAGGUAGAUGGAGUUGCUUCUGUUGAAUUAGCUCUGCCACCAAUACGUAUCUUCAUACACGUUUGGAAACGUUUCCUGCAGCAUUAGGUAUGACUUGUUCUGAGUACUGCUUCCGGUGCUAAAAUGAACAACGAAUUUGUACUUAAUGGCAUGGACUCUGGAGAAUCUGUGCGAAUCAGCCGUUCUACCUUAAUAUCUCCCCCAAAAUGUAUAGUGCCUUGUUUGAUGUACAGUUUCUAUACAGAACAGUUUGCUCUGCGUCUUUGAUGAUGGUUUGGAACAUUACCUACAAUUUUACUCUCAAAUAGUCAAAAUAAAAACAUCUUAAUUUCUAAUACCUCUUGUAAACAGUACACAUUAUUUUGUGAUACAGGACUUUUGUCUUGUGCUUUUGGAAAUAAUAGCAUCAGAAUAAACACAACAAUUAAUUG